CCUGAGGCAAUGCCCAAAGUGAAGAGGAGCAGGACACCUCCCCCAGAUGGCUGGGAGCUGAUCCAGCCCACGCUGGACGAGCUGGAUCAGAAGAUGAAAGAAGUGGAGAUGGAGCCGCACAAAGGGAAGAGGAAAGUGGAGUCCCUCUGGCCCAUCUUCAGGAUCCACCACCAGAAAACACUCUACAUCUUCGAGCUCUUCUACAAGAGGAAAGCAAUCAGCAGAGAGCUCUGUGAGUACUGCAUCAAGGAGGGCUAUGCUGACAGAAACCUGAUUGCCAUGUGGAAGAAGCAGGGCUGUGAGAACCUCUGCUGCCUACGCUGCAUCCAGACUUGGGACACCAAUUUUGGGACCAACUGUAUCUUGCCCAAAAGCAAGCUGGAAGUGGGCAGAAUCAUUGAGUGCACUCACUGUGGGUGCAGAGGCUGCUCUGGGCGAAGCCUUUUGAUAUCAAACCUGUUUUUGGAACUCUGAGGACA